CAACGACAUAACCUUAGUUUUUACGUAAUAUAUUUAUUAAGCAUUUUCAGAAUGGUACCAAGUGAAAAUUCAAAAGAAACACCUCAAGACUCAAAAGCCGACACCAAUAGAACCGCUUUAAAAGAUGAAUGGAUGAUCCGAAAAUGCUCCGUGUAUGAGGAUGAAUAUCAGGAUUGUGUGUCAAUAAAAGCUAGAUUUAAUCAAUAUUUUAUCUUUGGAGAAGCUCAAGACUGCUCACAAUGGAAAAUAGAUGCAAACAAUUGCAACAAAUAUUUAGAGAAAAAUGACCUAAAAGCAGGGCAAGAAGUUAUAGACAGCGAAAAGCGACGUAGAUUACAGAGACUUGUACCUCAUUAUCAAAAUGAUGUGUGGGAAAAUAGGAAAACACCACCAGAGGAUUGGAACAAACCAUUACCUGAGCAUUUACAGAAGGAAUAUGAGUUCACCUAUUUAAAUUUAAAAUCUAAGGAAAUGAAAGGUGAAAUACCACCUACUUUUGAUCCCCCUUUCAAUGGCUUCAGUUGUACAAUAAUGUAAUUUCCAGUACUUUUAGAAUUAUAUUAAGAUAAAAGAUUUUUUAAAUAUUA